AACUCCCUCCAGCACCUCUCCCCACACCCCGCGCUGCGGCAACGUGCUGCGCCUGCGCCUCAGAGUCGCGCAUGCGUGCUGUGCCGUGCUGGCUGGCAAUGGUGCGGAGGAGCGAUUACCAAAGAGGGGCAGCGAAGAGGACUUAUGGGGCGAAGGAAUACUGAGAGGGAACUUGGGGGAAAGGAGACAGCUACAGGAGAGCGAGAUGUACUACGGCGACAUCUCAGAGCCUAGCAGCCUGCGCGUGGGUUUGUUAAACACAGUCUUGAGUACCGCCUACCUCAGCCUACACUUUCAGCGGCUCCCUAGGACUACGGGGUGUCCGGCUGGGCAUUUGCUGCCACUUGGCCUCAGUUCAUCCCGGGUCCCCGUCUGGCUGGCUCCCAGUGCCUCCAGGUUGUGCCCGGAUAUCAAGCCAGUGCGCUUUGCCUAGUUCCCCCUCCUCUGCCUGGGUGCUGGUCCCCAGCGAGCCAGCUCCUCCUCAAACUGCAGAAUUCGCGCCUGAGCCUCGUUCCAUCGCCCUGGACCAACAGUCCCAGAGUGUUCCUGUGGCAUUCCCGGUGUGUGCUGUGAUCCCUCGAGUCAGCCUUCCUACAGUUUGAACUCCAGGCAAACUGCUUUUCUAAACUUGCUAAGCCUCCCACCAUAUACAAAAUAAUGGGGAAAAGUGUACUGGAUGGACUUGGGCUUCCUACACUGCAAGUGGAAGUAUUCUGCAUCAUUCAAAAUUUUCCCAAGAGCGUCUGUUCCGUGAUGAUCCCCACGCACUUUGAAGUCUGUGAGAACGCUUUGCCUGAGCUGGUGGAGGCAGAGGAGGCAGAAAGGAGCCUGGCAGUGAGCACUGCUGUGCAGUGGGUCAACGAGACCAUCACUGAAGAGCUGCGCGGGCUGGCGCCCUCCAAGCAGGCUGAGGUGGACUGUGUGCUCAGGACAUUCUUUGCAAAUAAAGUGCAAGAAGAUAAGGAGAGAAAAGAAUUGGAAAAGAGCCAGGAAGACUCAGCAGGCCCUGCACCACCACCUCAAAUCCUGCCACCACCUCCUCCACCUCCUACCAAAAAAAAAGGGCAGAAGCCAGGAAAAAAGGAUUCUCCUGUAGAGAAACCGAUCACACCUGCAGAACCUGUUGAACCAGUACUCCAUGGCAGUAUGGCCAUAGGGGCUGUGUCACUAGCAGUUGCCAAGACCGGCGCCAUUCUGGGCAGUAUUCCUUUGUACUUAAACAUCGCAUUACUGAAGCACGGUCAGGAACAGUCAGCAAUACUAACAAUGCCUUUGCUGAUGGCAUCUGUGGUCAGCUGUGGGAAGUCAUCACCUGGGAAACUAAAUUUAAUGAAAGAAGUGAUUUGCAUACCCCAUCCCGGAUUAACAACUAAACAAGGUGUGGAGAUGCUUCUGGAAAUUCAGAAACAAAUUAACAAAACACUGGAAAUGCCCCCUCCUCCAAAAGCAGAGAACAAAAAGGGACUUAAUGGAAACAAAAGAGGUCAACAGCCGGUCACUGGUAAGAUGUCCCAUCUUGGCUGUUUAACCAUUAACUGUGACAUCAUAGAACAGCCACUGCUUCUAAUACAGGGCGUCUGUGCAAACCUGGAGCUCGAACUGGGAACAAAUCUGCAUCUGGCUAUCAACUGUGCUGGACAUGAGCUGAUGGACUACAGUAAAGGAAAGUAUGAAGUACUGACAGGUACCUACAAAAACGCAGCAGAGAUGGUCGACCUGUAUGUGGAUCUGAUCAACAAGUACCCUUCCAUCAUUGCCUUAAUCGAUCCUCUCAGGAAGGAGGACUCUGAACAGUGGGACAGCAUCUGUAAUGCUCUUGGUUCCAGGUGCUACAUAAUUGCAGGAGCUGCAUCCAAAAGCAUUUCUAAACUUCUAGAGCACAGAAGCAUCAGCACCCCAAGAUCCCAUGGGCUGGUCAUAAAACACACGAAUCAAACUACAAUGUCUGACUUGGUGGAAAUAACCCAUCUUAUUGACAGUAUGAAGCACAUCGCCAUCCUUGGAAGUACAGAAGGAGAGUCCUCUGAUGACAGCCUUGUUGAUUUGGCUGUUGGACUCGGUGUCCGGUUUAUCAAGUUGGGGGGUCUUUCUCGCGGUGAACGGGUGACUAAGUACAACCGCCUUCUUACUAUAGAGGAAGAACUUGUCCAGAAUGGAACACUGGGUUUCAGUGGAGAACACACGUUUUUUUGCUUGAAUGAGGAUGAAAAGGCACUUGAAGCUGCUGGCACUGGGCCCCUGGAACAUAUCUUCCCCACAGAAGUUGUGGAACAAUCAGCUAAAGCAUGAGCACAUUUUGGGUGGGACGUACCGUGAGGCAGAGCCACACCUUGGGUAUUAGACUGGUGUAAAGUAUGUUGCUGUACUGGCUGUGUUCUUAAACUUCACUAAUUCAGGUGUGCUUUUCAUUCUGGUAAUUUCACUGUUUGGUAAAAUACAGAUAUAUUUUUGCCGGAAA